GCCGUCGAGUGUUGGAUGAACGCUGCGUUCAGGAGUUUGCCCUGGGGGUCAACCACCGUGGCCGCCCGUGCGCAAGUGCCCGUCAACAUCGAGCUCGCCAUGCCUCCGCACCGGUCGCUCGUUUUGGCCUCCGCUGUUUUGGCGGCUCUCACGGUGGGCGCCGUCGCGACUUCCCGGCCAAUAAUUGGAAUUCUGGCCCAAGAAGUGUACGGCUGUGAGGCGUGCGGAAUGCGGAACCAGACGUACAUCGCCGCGUCGUACGUGAAAUUCGUCGAGCAAGCUGGAGCCAGAGUGGCCCCUAUAUUCGUAGAGCGUGAACGGAACUACUACGUCAAGAUCUUCAAUUCCUUGAAUGGCAUUUUGCUUCCUGGCGGUGACGUGGACGCAGUGAACUCAAGCUAUGGCAGGGCGGGCACCAUUCUCUAUGAUCUGGCGAUGGAGGCAAACCGGAACGGGACGCACUUCCCCCUGUGGGGAACCUGCCUCGGCUUGGAGCUGCUGGCGCGAGUCGCGGUGGGCGGCCAAGAGGUGCUCACGAAGUGCCAGGCCCAGGGCGUCGGCAUGCCGCUCAACUUCACCAAAGAUUUCCGUAGGGCCCGGCUGUUCCGCCGUCUUCCACCAGCACCUGGAGAAGGUACUGAGCUCCAAGCCGGUGACAUACAACGCCCACCACUGGUGCCUCACGCUGAAGGCCUUCAAUGCCUCCAAACUGGACAAGUACUUCAACGUUCUGUCUACGAACAACGACCUACGAGGCGUGGAGUUCGUGUCGAGCAUGGAAGCCAUCUCGGCACCGGUGUUCGCCGUCCAGUUCCACCCGGAGAUGGCGGUGUUCGAGUGGGGUACCAGGAGUCCCGGGCGGCACCACCUGUACCACAACAAGGACACGGCGAUGUUCUCGCAGUACCUGGCCAACUUCUUCGUGGAGGAAGCCCGUCGGAACGGCCAUCGCUUCCAGGACGCGGAAGAGGAACGCAAGGCUCUGAUAUACAACUACCCGCCUUCGUUCACCCAAGAAGUGGCGUAUUUCACGCAGAUGUACCUAUUCCACUGAAAUUACCACUGGCAUCGCCACCGACGUUGUGGCGACCCGAGUGGGUCAGUUUGGAGAAGGUUGGGGUGGAGGUGAUAACAACCCUUACGCGCGCAAUAGAAGCGCGAUGCACCAGCGGCGUCCCGAACGACAAGGUCUCCACGGAGACGCCUUAUCUGGCACAACGGGCUUGUCGUCUGUCACCGAUAGCAGACGGCAGUGCCUCGUCUGCUACCAUGCGGUGCGUAUCGUUGGUCGUCUGCUUCGCGGCUUCUGUCGUCUGCACUGCAGCGACGGACAGACCCAUCAUAGGCAUCAUGUCACAGCACCUCUACAGCCGCACGUUCAAUCCGGGCAGAACGAACACCUACAUCGCCGCAUCUUACGUCAAGUUCGUCGAGGCAUCCGGAGGUCGUGCGGUGCCAAUUUUCGUCAACCAAACAAAAGAGUACUACAAGAAGCUAUUCGACUCCGUCAACGGUGUCCUCUUCCCGGGUGGUGAGGCUGACCUGGAGAGCUCUGGCUACUUGGACGCCGCCAAGAUAAUCUUCAAUCUCGCCGUUGAGGCGAACAAGAACGGCACGCACUUCCCUCUGUGGGGUACCUGUCUGGGCUUCGAGGCACUCUCCCGACUGGCCAUCGACAAGCUCGUCCUGCGAGUGUGCCAGGGCCACGACCUGGCACUGCCGCUCAACUUCACCAGCGACUUCCGGAGAAGCCGGAUGUUCGACGAGCUUCCCAGGGCUCUGGAGAAGGCGCUGAGGACCGAGCCGAUCACGUACAACUCCCACGGAAAGUGUCUCACACCCGAGAACUUCACCGCUUUCGGAUUGGACAGGUUUUUUCGGCCGACCUCGACGAACGUGGGCCCGGACGGCGUGACGUUCAUCUCGAGCAUGGAAGCGCUCUCGUACCCUUUCUACGGCGUCCAGUUCCAUCCUGAGAAGAACAACUUCGAGUGGACAGAAAGGAAGGGUCACAUCCAUGUGCCCCACACCAAGAAAGCCGUGCAAGCCUCGCAGUACCUGGGAAACUUUUUCCUGGAGGAAGCACGAAAGAACAACCACAGCUUCGCAUCACCCGCGGAAGAGUCCAGCGCGCUGAUCUACAAUUACCCGGUGACCUUCACGCAGGACCACUCGGCCUUCACUCAGAUGUACAUUUUUUCUUCCUCACUCGGAAAUCUAUAGGUCGCCAUCCAUCUCGUCUGCUGCCAACACUCUCUUAGCUGGCCUGCUUUUGCGGUUACAAAAAACAAAGAAACACAAAAGCAGGUGCGGGGCCCCCUGCCUAUUGUGAUUUUUCAAAUAAAGUAAACGUGUCACCAUGCCUCCGGCGUGUGGAGGCACAAUUUCUUUUAGAAUGACGGACAGCAGAGGGAGCAGGUUCAGGAUCCGUGGUACUAAAAGAUAGGAACGUAAAACGCCGACAAUAAUUAGAGGAACACCAGAGAAAAGAUGGUGCCGUCUUUCUUUUUUAUUCAUUUUGUGUUUGUUCUGUCUGCACGCCUGCCUUUUAAAAGUACGUGUAAUCGUCAGGGUAUUCUUAAGGCAAAUAAAUUUACAAGAUUGUGAUUACCUGCAAAGGAAAAGGGAAUCUCCUUGCUUCUGUGCAGUAACCUGUGUUUUCCCUGCACCAAAUGAAAAAAAAAAUGUAUAAAACCAGGGAUAUUGCGCUUAUUGCUGCUUUGUGCUUGCUCGAAAUUUGCUACAAGGUCAAAUUUUAUGUUCUAGAUUGUUAAAAGUAACAGUUCGCGAUGUUACCUGUCUGGUUCGCCAAUAAUGGCGAAUGGUUCGCCAAUGGCCAUCAAAAUUGUGCUGCAUCGAAAAGCAAUGAUAUCACUCAAGGCGCUGGCAUUUGCGACGAAUCAUUGAGUCUAUUGCAUCGUGUACGCCUCAUUCUCGCAUCUACGAAUUGUGUGCCCCAUACAUUGGCACACUUCGUUACAACGAGACCAUUUCGAUAGAGACUUUUAGUGCUGCUACCUAUUUUCCCGCUUUGUUUAGGUAUAUCCUAGUGGAAGAAUUUAUACUUAAACAUUUUAAAAAUUCGAUCUUAUUAUCCAAGUGAAAAGAUGGUAGCAGACGGUUACUACUACUCCUCUGUUUAUUUUUACCUCAAGAAAAAAAAGUUCAGUGGUGAUGUAGUGGUUAAUGUGAGAGAAACCUGUUAGCAUUGCGUCGUAC